CAGAGUCUCCAUCCAGCCCGUAGUGUGAACGCCGCUCUGCUGUCACUGUCUGCUGUCUGACUGCACGAUGGACGGAGGACGAAGCUGAGGAGCCGCAUCCAUGCUGUCCGGACUCUAUCAGGAGUAUCUCCUGUAAACUUUGGAUUUGUCCUCUGGCAUUAGGUUAAACUAGAAGACUUUGUGGGUUUUUUUUUAGUGUGAACUCCAGUGAGGUUCGCACAGAGUCUGGAUCAAGGGCAGGACGACAGAGCAGCCUGUAGACAGGACAGAGGAUGGGGAGCCGGGGCCACUACCGGUACCACUGGCAGAGCCACAAUGUCAAACACAGCGGCGUGGACGACAUGGUGCUGCUCAGCAAGAUCAAUGAGGACGCCAUCGUGGACAACCUCAAGAAGAGAUACAUGGAUGACUACAUCUUUACGUACAUCGGGCCUGUGCUCAUUUCUGUUAACCCUUUCAAGCAGAUGCCGUACUUCGGGGAAAAAGAAAUUGAGAUGUAUCAAGGAGCAGCUCAGUACGAGAACCCUCCUCACAUCUACGCUCUGGCAGACAACAUGUACAGAAACAUGAUGAUCGACCGUGAGAACCAGUGCGUCAUCAUCAGUGGAGAAAGCGGAGCAGGAAAGACUGUGGCAGCCAAAUAUAUCAUGGGCUACAUCUCCAGAGUGUCAGGAGGCGGACCCAGAGUACAGCACGUCAAAGACAUCAUCCUGCAGUCCAACCCGCUGCUGGAGGCCUUUGGCAACGCCAAGACUGUGAGGAACAACAACUCCAGCCGAUUUGGGAAAUACUUUGAGAUCCAGUUCAGCUCCGGUGGCGAACCAGACGGAGGGAAAAUCUCCAACUUCCUUCUGGAAAAGUCACGUGUCGUCAUGAGGAAUCCUGGAGAAAGGAGUUUCCAUAUAUUCUAUCAGUUAAUAGAAGGAGCCAGUGGAGAGCAGAAGAACAGCCUGGGAAUCACAAACCUGGAUUACUACACUUACCUCAACCAGUCUGGUUCCUACAAAGUGGACGACAUCAACGACAAGAGCGACUUCCAGGAGACAAUGCAUGCCAUGGGUGUGAUUGGCAUCUCGGCGGAGGACCGCUCCAUGGUGCUUCAGAUUGUGGCGGGAGUCCUGCACCUCGGGAAUAUCAGCUUCAAGGAAUCGGGCAACUACGCUGCUGUGGAGAGUGAAGAGUUUUUAGCCUUUCCUGCCUUCCUGCUUGGAAUCGAUCAGAAACGUCUGAAGGAGAAACUGACGAGCCGAAAGAUGGACAGCAAGUGGGGAAACGCAGUGGAGUCUAUUGACGUGACGCUGAAUGUGGAGCAGGCGUGUUAUACACGUGACGCUCUCUCCAAAGCCCUGCAUUCACGUGUGUUCGACUACCUGGUCGAGUCCAUCAACAAGGCCAUGGUGAAGGAUCAUCAGGAGUUAAAUAUCGGAGUGUUGGACAUUUAUGGAUUCGAAAUUUUCCAAAAAAAUGGAUUCGAGCAGUUCUGCAUCAACUUUGUGAAUGAGAAGCUCCAGCAGAUCUUCAUUGAGCUGACACUGAAGGCUGAGCAGGAGGAGUAUGUGCAAGAAGGCAUCAAGUGGACUCCUAUAGAGUACUUCAACAACAAGAUCGUGUGCGAUCUCAUCGAAAGCAAAAAUCCUCCCGGUAUCAUGAGUAUCCUAGACGAUGUGUGCGCCACCAUGCAUGCUGUGGGCGAAGGAGCCGACCAGACCAUGCUGCAGAAACUCAGGGUCGCCAUCAACACCCACGAACACUUCAACAGCUGGAACCAGGGAUUCAUCAUCCACCACUACGCUGGCAAGGUGUCUUACGAUGCAGACGGUUUCUGCGAGAGGAACCGGGAUGUUCUCUUUACUGACCUCAUUGAGUUGAUGCAGAGCAGUGAAAUUGCCUUCAUCAGAGCACUGUUUCCAGAAAACCUCAAUGCUGAGAAGAAGGGUCGACCCACUACUGCAGGCAGCAAAAUAAAGAAACAAGCCAAUGACCUGGUGAGCACACUGAUGAAAUGUACUCCACACUACAUCCGCUGCAUCAAACCCAAUGAGACCAAGAAGCCCAAAGACUGGGAGGAGAGCCGAGUGAAGCACCAGGUGGAGUAUCUGGGUCUGAAAGAGAACAUCAGGGUGAGGCGUGCUGGCUACGCCUACCGCAGAGUCUUCAGGAAGUUCCUCAACAGGUAUGCCAUCUUGACUAAAGAGUCCUGGCCGACGUGGCGAGGAGACGAGAAACAAGGCGUCCUUCAUCUCUUACGGUCCGUCAACAUGGACCAGGAUCAGUUCCAGCUCGGUCGCAGCAAGAUCUUCAUUAAAGCCCCUGAGUCGCUUUUUCUGCUGGAGGAGACGAGGGAGCGAAAGUUUGACGGCUACGCUCGGACCAUCCAGAAGGCCUGGAGGAAAUAUGUGGCCCGCAAGAAGUAUGUUCAGAUGAGGGAGGAAGCUUCAGACCUGCUGUUGAACCGAAAAGAGAGGCGGCGACACAGUCUCAACAGGAACUUUGUAGGCGACUACCUCGGCAUGGAUGACAGGCCUGAGCUGCGACAGUUUCUGGCCAAGAGAGAAAAGAUCGACUUCGCCGACAAAGUCACGAAAUAUGACCGGCGAUUCAAGGGGAUUAAGAGAGACUUGAUCCUAACUGCAAAGUCUGUGUAUCUGAUUGGAAGAGAGAAGGUGAAGCAGGGACCAGACAAAGGGCAGGUGACCGAGGUGCUGAAGAGGCGGAUUGAUGUGGAGAAGAUCUUGGCUGUGUCUCUCAGCACGAUGCAGGACGACUUCAUGAUACUGCACGAGCAGGAGUACGACAGCCUGCUGGAGUGUGUCUUCAAGACCGAGUUCACCAGCUUACUGGCCCGAAGGUUUGAGGAGAAAACUCAGAGGAAGCUACCACUCAAGUUUAGUAACACACUGGAGCUGAAGUUGAAGAAGGAGAACUGGGGCUUCCUGAGUGGCGGCGGCGGCUCCAGGCAGGUGGUUUUCGCCCAGGGUCAGGGGGACAUGCCUGUACUGAAGCCCUCCAGCAAAUCUCUGCAGGUCAGCGUUGGCCCUGGGCUUCCCAAGAACACACGCCCAACCAGGAAGAGCUUCAGUCAGGGUCGCUCCAACUCGUCCAGAACCCACCAGCACAUCCCAUCUCGAGCUGCACCAGGACCUCCAGUUGCUCACCAAAACGGCGGCCUGAAGAACACCAACCACAUCGCCAAUCAGAGGAACUCCCAGCAUCACAACCAGAGACAUCCGUCAUCCAGCAACUCGACGCGGCCCUUCCUGCCCAGCAACAUCAACCAGCUGAAGGAGCGAGGAGGCAGCCGGCAGCAGCCAAACCUGGACUGUCUGAGAGUCCCCGAUCAGGGAGCUGCAGGCCCUGGAGACAGACGGCCAGCUUCAAAUGGAGGAAUAGCUCACAGACCGUCGGCCAGCAGACCUCCACCAGGAGGAGGGCGACCCAAGCCUGCGCCUAAACCCAAACCCCAGGUGCCCCAAUGCAAAGCUCUGUACGCCUACGACGCUCAGGACACAGAUGAGCUCAGCUUCAACGCUGAUGACGUCAUCGACAUCAUCAAGGAGGACGCAUCUGGAUGGUGGAUGGGAAGACUUCGUGGAAAGCAGGGACUUUUCCCCAACAACUAUGUCACCAAGAUCUAGAAGCUGCAGGUUUACAGCGCAAAGAAGAGGAAAACGAAGAGGAGGAUGAGGAGGAUAAGGAGGAGAGUUGCUGCCUCCCUGCUAAUGCUCUGUGGUGACCGGACAGUCGCAGAGAGACACUUCCUCCACUACUGUUUUCUAGUAAAUGAAUGUUACUCUCGGUUACACCACCAGACCAAAAGACCGUCUCGGCUCAAGAAAUGAGGCUCUUCUCUAAAGACACGAAGACUGUUUGACCCCAGGGUCUGUUUUUCCUCCACAGUCCCUUUGAGUACUGAACAAAACUAUUUAUUGUAUUUAUACUGUAGCUUUCCAUGUUCUCCUUACUGUCAUUUAUAUCUUGCUGAGGAUUUCAAACAUUUUUGAAGCGUUGGAAUGAAAUCUGCUAAAUCUGUGGGACCAGGCUGUGAUUUUUACUCUCCACAUUUGUUUUUUAGAUGAAGGUUUGAUCGCUGAAGUGGUCAUCUCGGUGUCAGAACUGAAGUGACUGCUGUUUUUUAACCAGGAUUUAUUUAUUUUGGUGCAAAACUGUAACUGCUUCCCAGGAAAAGACAUUGAGUAAAUCACCACACUGUGAUGUUUUUUUUUUUUUUUUAACUUCUAAUACCAAAGCAAUACACAGAAAACAGUGCAGUAAAGUGGUGAAUCACCUGGAAAACCACCUUUAACUUUGAUUCGUUGUUGUUUUUGUUCUUCUAUCACACCAGUAUAUUUGAGACAAACAGCAGAGACCAUGUAUACUGUAACCUGCGCAUGCCGUCUGUGGUGUAUUAGCACUUUAUUGGUACAGGUACUACCUUGGACACAGACAUUGUCACUCGUUCAUGCUACAGCCAGUAAGUCACAUCUAUGAAGGACAGAUUGCCAAGCUAGCAGUUAGUUACUGAGGAGAAUAAUCUGUUUACAUGAAACGAUGAAUCAAACAGGUAUUUUAGAUCUGAUUCUGUAUAUGUGUUCAUAUGUAGGAGUACGCCUGUUGUUGGUUAGAAUUUAAAUUAAUUUUUUUUGUAUUGUCUCUGAAGGAUCUUGCUGUUUUUUUCUGUCUCUGCUUCUGAAACUCACACAGCUGCUUUAUUUCCAGUUCAACUGCAGCUAAAUAAUCACAGACUUGGGUGAAUGGAUUUAUUUUUUUUUUGUUUUGUCAAGUGCAAAAGUUGUUUUUUCCGGUGAAAGAAAGUUAUUGACACUCCCCCCCCCCACCCUUGGCACUACAAAGAAUUCCUUUGGCUUCUGCUCGACUGUUUCUGCACAUCUUUUGCACUGCUGUUGCAUUACUUACACAUUCCUUAGUAUUUUUUUCCCUUAUCAAAUAACCACAUUAUGCUUGAGUCAGUGAAAAAGAAAAACUGCUGGGACUUCUGUCGAAGAACUUCUGCAUCAUCAAAUAUAGUUUGAUCUUGGAUGGUUGAAAACAUCCUUGUGCAAUACACAACAGCAGACAAGUCUGUUAAUAAAGCUUGUAAUAUUGCAUAUUUA